UUGCGGUCGCUGCGGCUGGCCGUCGUCGCUGGCCCGCUCCUCGCCCGGCAGCUCUCCGAAGCUCGACGCAUCCAACUGCAAAGAUUCCGACUGGCGCCCGUGAAAAGCCUGCUCCCGGGUCGACGGCUUGGGCUAACGGUACCUGGCUGCUCCGCGUGUCAGUCGAUGCGGCCAGAGGCACGCCGAGGAAAAGUACUGCCCAAAUCCACCUCAUUGUCGAUGCGCUGCCGCCGAGCUGACGUAGACAACGGUACGGGAGAGAGAGAGAGAGAGAGAGAGAGAGAGAGAGAGAGAGAGAGAGAGAGUGCAACAGGCGCGCGGCGCUUUCUACACCAGCUCGUGGUCGGCCUGGCUGCGGACGAACGAACCAGCCGUCGACGACACUUUCACACUACAGAGCCGAGGCUUCAUCGGCGCAUCUUUAUUUAUACAGAGGGAGGGAAUAUUAAACAGCUGCCACCACGCCGAGGCGACCGAGCCGCCUGUGUUCUCUCCCACGCCGCGCAUCGCUUCCACAUUUCGGCACUCGGUCGAUCCUCGAUAUGCUAAUUUUCCAGCUUUUUGCGCGUCGCCAGAUGCGAUAGCUAUCCCAACUCAUACCGGUUCCUCGAAUCUUCUGUCGUUUACUCAUCCGCCCGUCGUGCACCAUUCUCGAUUCACCUAUUCCUUCUCUGAAACAGUCUCGCCGGAAAUUUUUUUAACCGCAGCUACCAGCAACACUUGCUGCUCCCAAUGAUCUCGCCUGCUCCUGCUAGCCAAUCCCACUGACAACGGAGUCGAGGGAUAUUUAUUCAUUUGUUUGUCUCGUACAGGUCAUAUAGUUCGAGUGUCGUUGGCUGAACCAAAGAAAAAUAUAGCAUACGCGAUAGCUGAUUGCGACCAGGCGUAGCGACGACAAACGUUAUAAUAACGUAGUUUCUGCGCAAGAACAACUUUUUCCACAGAACGCUAUAUUAUUAUUGACUCGUUCACACGCAUAGAUGAAAUAUACGACCGGCGUAACAUACCCCAACGUCGUUGUUCGUGAGCGAGCGUUCAACUAUUUAGUUUCCAAAUAGACAUAACCAAUGUGCAACUCAUCUCUGUUUUCUUGCAAAACAUUACUGCCGAAUAUAUUCAUGGUUCUAAAUAUAUGUCGCGUUUAUCCCGAUUUAAAAAAUCGAGCUCGUUAUCUUGAAAUCGGAUCUUUUUAAAAAUGUCGACGUGACUGAUUAAAUUGAAUUUCAAAGCUCACCUAAACAGUAACUUUCAACGGUAUCCUGAAAGCUGUUACACCGACGUUACCAGUAAUAGAGUUUCUACGCUAGCCACGCGGUUGAAUUGGCUUCGCUGUCCAAACUUGAAUUUUCGUCUGCAAUUCGCGUUAUACACAGGCGUUAUCGCGUAUUUUAUGGAGAAGUCAUUACAGCAGUGACUAAGGUAUGAGUCGGAUAGUCGCCAAUGUCGUCGUUGACGACGAUGAUCCAAUUUGAGCUAGUGAGCUGCGAGGUCAUUUUGCGCGAGAAUCAAUAAGUCCACCCUCAUGCGGGUUUUUACGUCUCCAAGUUCGGCUCCCGCUGCAAACGACUGGAGAUAGAUGUACCGCUGAAACCUGGUCCCGAACUUUGACCAGUUCGACCGGCGGCCCGGCACGUUAGUUGCUUAGCGAGCAAUCGACUUGGCGACAUUGCUAUCGCGCAGACUCGAGUCGACUGCGUUGCCGGUUGCAAAGGCGAGCAUGGCUAUUGGCGCGUCCAAAGCGGAAUAGCGUAAAGAGAAGACAUAGCUCGCGACGUAAUAUACGACCACUGGUGUCUUGGCCUUGUCGUGUCGUGCACCUUGUCGAGACAAAGCUCUGGGCAAACGACAUUGGGCAAUAGGCGUAUAACGAGCGAGCGAUCGCGAGGUAUUGAGGCUGACGAGUUGUUCUUCCGAUAAGAGUCCGCGAGUUUGUCGGCAGAAGUGAAUCACGGAGAGGCGACGAUAAGAUCGAGGCUUGACAUUGCUCGGUAUUUUCCAACGGCCGAGUCGCCGGCACACGAGGCUACCCGCUGAUAAGGAGCCGCGGCUACGCGAGCGAAGGCCGAUGCCGAAGAUCUGCGCGCUCGCCGGUCGACGAGGACUGUUUGCUCGGCCCGCGGCGCGACAUCUUCAAUGUCAGCCGCGACGGCGGCGCUGCGCGUGUCGCUCGCGCCAUUUGUGCCCGCCCGCAUGCUCGCGCCUAUCUGUCGUGAGAAGCUGCGUAAAAGCGCGGCCAGGAUUUACGAAGCCAAGGGCGUCCAAUUACAUUGACCCGGUUUCGCUGGGAACGAGCGAGCGAUCGCAGACGUUUCGCCGCAAGCCCGGCACGAGUUCGAGGACCACCUCGCUCGGUCGGCGCAAGCUCGGCGGGACGCGCGACGCGCCCAUUGCGCAACGUGGACAGAGAGCCGGCGGAGGCGCGCGCGCGCGCAGACGUAUCAGGAGCGCGCGAUUCCAGGUGGGCAAAAGGUCGCUCGGGCCGCGCUGCUCCGUCGUCUGCCAAUGCAAGCGCGGCAGUCAAGGUGAGUGACCCCCACCCGGCGCGUGCUGCCGACGUCGCUACGACGCCCUAUAAAUUGGCCAAGCUCCGGCCGAUCGUCACUCGUUCCGAAGCCGAUCGUCCGUCCAGAAGCGCGCGUCCAGCCGAGCGGCGUCAUGGCAGGCCAGUUCCAGUUGGUGCGCUCGCUGCUGCUGCUGCUGCUGCUGCCACUGCUGCGAGCCGCCCUCGUCGUCGCGGACGGGCUCCCGUCCGCCGCGCGGGCGGCCCUGCCACCAGCUGCCUCGCGCAAACUGGUGCUGGGCGCGGGCGGCCAGGACCCGGGGCCCAACUUCUACGAGUGGAUGCCGACGAGCGAGCGCCCGGGCAGCCCGGCCGGCGGCAAGGCCGCCAAGCCCUGCCAGCGGAGCUGUGUGUGCGGCCUGAGCCAGCAGACGCGGAUAGUCAACGGCCAGGUCAGUGGCGCCAGCGAGUUCCCCUGGGCGGCGGCGCUCGACUACCACGGCGCGCACCACUGCGGCGCCAGCCUGCUCACGCGCCGGCACCUGCUCACGGCCGCGCACUGCAUCCACGGCUUCGAGAGGCAGCACCUGACGGCCCGGCUCGCCGAUCGCCGCCGGCACCCCCUCAAGUCCCUGGUCGUCCACGAGCGCUACGACAGGGCCACCUACGACAACGACAUCGCCAUCGUCGAGCUGCGGAGGCCGAUACCGCUGGAUGGACCCGUGAGAACCGUCUGCCUACCCAGCACGCCGAGCUUCGGCUACGCCGGUGCGACCGGGGUGGCUGUCGGCUGGGGUAGACUCGGAGAGGGCAGACCCGUUAGCGAGCAGCUGCGCAAAGUCGAUCUGCCCAUCAUGUCCAAGCAGCAGUGCCUGCAAUCCGACUACCCGCACGACCGUGUCACCGACAAUAUGUUUUGCGCUGGCUACCUUCAGGGACAACGUGACACUUGCAGCGGCGACAGCGGUGGCGCAUUGCACGUCCGUAACGAGGAGGGCGCGAUGGAAGUUAUCGGGUUGGUUUCGUUCGGGCGAGGGUGCGCCAGACCCAAUUUCCCAGGCGUUUACACUAAGAUCUCCAACUACUUGGAGUGGAUUCAUCGACAUUUGAACGACGAAUGCCUGUGCCCAUCUCCAGCUCGCUUGCCAGCGCGCAGCAUGCCGAGGAGAGCGCGCCCGCCCGGGCGCCUUCUGCGAGCAGCCCUGGUUGCGUGCCUGGCGCUGCUCGGGCCCGUCCGCAGCUCCGUCGCCCAGUCCGCUUUCUCCGGGUCUCGACGGGUCCUCCGUCAGCCGGGCCGCGGCCCGCGGAUAUUCUUCGACGACAUCUUCGGCAUCGACGUGAGCUUCGGCAGCCUGACGGGCGGCCUCGCGGACGCGCCGGCGGGCCCCGACGGCGACGGCGCCGAGAGCGGCCUGGCCUCGGCCGCCGGCCAGAACCCGAGGAACUGCAGCUGCGAGUGCGGCCUGCCAAACCAGGAGAUCCGAAUCGUCGGCGGUCGGCCGACGGAGCCCAACAAGUACCCUUGGCUGGCCCGGCUGGUCUACGACGGCAAGUUCCACUGCGGGGCCAGCCUGCUGAGCAACGAUUACGUCAUCACCGCCGCGCACUGCCUGCGGAAGCUCAAGCGCUCCAAGAUCCGUAUAAUCCUCGGCGACCACAACCAGUUCGAGACGUCGGAUGGCCAGGCGGUGAUGCGCGCGGUCGGCGCGGUCGUUCGCCAUCGCAACUUCGACACCGAGUCCUAUAACCACGACGUGGCCCUGCUGAAGCUGCGUCGGCCGGUAGUCUUCUCCAAGACCAUCCGGCCCGUGUGUCUGCCCCAGGCAGGCAGCGAGGUCGCGGGCAAGUACGGCACCGUGGUCGGCUGGGGCCGCACCAAGGAGGGCGGCAUGCUCGCCGGCGUGGUGCAGGAGGUGAGCGUGCCCAUUCUCAGCACCGAGCAGUGCCGCAGGAUGAAGUACAGGGCCAGCCGCAUCACCGAGAACAUGCUCUGCGCGGGCAACGGCAGCCAGGACUCCUGCCAGGGCGACAGCGGCGGCCCCCUGCUCGUCGACGAGGCCGGUCGGCUGGAGAUCGCCGGCAUCGUUUCCUGGGGCGUUGGCUGCGGCCGGCCCGGCUAUCCCGGCGUCUAUACCAGGGUCAACCGCUACCUCCACUGGAUCCGCUUGAACAUGAAGGACGCCUGCCUUUGCAACGGCUGAUCAGCCUCGCUUCAACACGCACGCGCGCCACACGCACAUCGGUUAACCGCCUGUAAAUAUCGACACCUCCAUCUCGUUCUAUUAUCUCUAUUUUUUUGUUCGUUCCUUUGUUUUCUCUUUUCUCUUUCUUCGUUUGCUUCUUUGUAUGUAUGUUGUAACAUUUCAAUAUCAGACUGCGUUCUGCUGAAUUAUGUCGUCUUGUUACCAACACAUCACCUAGGUUUAUCAACCAACGCACAGUAUUUAUGUAACCUUUCCUCAUUGAGCGUAAUCUUGGAAAUUCAUACUCCUUAUUACCGUCAGUGGCCGAUUACUGAACAAUUCUAAAUGACGAUACUAAGCGAUACGUUAGAAUGCUCUCUAUAGAAUCUAAGAGCGAGAGGCCUCAAAUCUUCAGUGUCCUCGCAAAGUUAUAUACAGUUUCGUUUAUUGUAAAUUGCCGUCGAAAGCCAAAUGAUCGUGCAGAUAUACGGCGACAUGUAACAAAUAGACUUGUAGCAACAGUUUUGUUUUGAAAAUCUAUGUUGUUGAUUAUUUUUAAGCGAGAAAGUUAUGGA